AUGGCCUCUGUGUUCACAUUAGCGAUUAUCGGUUUGUUUUGUUCGUUGUUUAUCCCUGUGUGGGGUUGUGAAGUAACGUUCCUUAACACGAAAGUGACGUUGGGAGGUGCGAGAGAUGUGAAAAACGUUACCGGAUGCUUCUCGCCCACAGAUGAGUUUAUUAAAGUAUCCUACAUUCAAAUAAUUAACGAAAAUGUUACGGCUUUAAAGAGGAAUGCUAUAUCUGGAUUGCCAAAACUUGUAGAUGUUAUUAUUGAUACCAGCAACAUCACUGAUCUGGAAAGUGGAUGUUUUUCCGAUCUUCCGCAACUCUAUUUGAUCAAGCUGCGGCAUAACAACUUCAAAACUGUUCGAGAAGGAGUUUUUAAUAAACUAACAUUGAUUGAAUUGUGCCUGUCCAACAACAGCAUUGAAACAAUUCAUCCAAAGGCCUUCAAUGAUAUUCCAAACUUAAGUAUCUUGCAGUUGGAUCAAAACAAACUUAGCUACUGGUCAGGUGAAUGGUUUUUGGGAAGCCCUAAAAUAUCAGUGUUAAAUUUUGAGUACAAUAUAAUAACAAAUUUGCCGACUGCAGCCCUUCAGAACAUCAAUGGAUUGCAUUAUGACGCUCAAGUGAAUCUAAACGUAUCGACACAUAUUUAUUUGAACAAUAACAAAAUGCGCUAUUUAAGCGAUGGCGCUUUUAAUGGAAUCGAAAAUUUAGGGUGGCUGUUUUUACAUAAAAACGAAUUGGAAGAGAUUAGUGAAGCCAGCUUAGGCACGUUAAGAUCUGCUGAUUGGAUUCGUUUAGAACAUAAUAACUUAAAAUGUAUCCCUCGAAAAUUAGUGGAUAUAUCUCCUAAAGUGCUAUGGUAUAUUAGCAACAAUCCUCUUACCGCAGAGUGUAAAACCUGGUAUGAAAGUAUUCGAAAUAACAUGAAUUCUCAAUGA